AUGAGAGCUGCACAGCUCCGUAGUUACAAUAAGGCAUAUGAGCUAGUCACGGUUCCGGUCCCCGAGAUACGAGACGAUGAAUUACUGGUAAGAAUUCAUGCUGCCGGAUUCUGCCAUUCGGAUCUCCAGGUCUACCAUGGACAGUUCAACUCGCGGCUCCCUAUCAUCCCAGCACACGAACCCGCUGGCGUGAUCGUACAAGUCGGACCAAAUUGUGGUAGCAACUGGAAGGUCGGCGAUCGCGUUGGAGUUCUGAACUUCAAGAAGGCAUGUUCACAGUGCAGAGGCUGCAUCAAGUGCCAGUCCCGGCACAACGGAGUACUGGAUCCUCGGUUUUGUGAACGGAGAGAGAUGGCAGGAUUCAAGGAUGAUGGAUGCCUGGCUGAGUACAUGGUUGCUGAUCCGGCGACUACCAUUACUUUGCCAAGUAGCGUAUCCUUUGACCAGGCAGCGCCUUUGAUGUGUGCAGGCGCAACAGUUUGGGGUGCCCUUGAAAAGGCCACUAAGGGCCUAGAGCCCGGCGCACCCGUUGCGAUUAUUGGUAUAGGUGGCCUUGGAUAUCUAGGUCUUCAAUUCGCCAAAUCUAUGGGCUUCCGCACUAUUGCCAUCGAUAAUCACCGGGCUGGACAUGACCUGGCUAGAUCAGUGCUGUCUCCAGAGCUGAUGCCAGAUCUAGUCGUAGACUCGAGCAACGCCGAGGAUGCACUAAAACAGAUAUUCGAGUUUACGGACAUGGAUGGGGUCGCUGCUGCAGUUGUAUGCACAGACUCGAUCGAGGUCACGGCCUGGACUUUGUCACUCUUGCGAAUCGAAGGCGUAAUGGUAGCGCUCGGGCUACCCUCUGAGAGCUGGCGAUUGGACGCAAGCUUAUUGGUAUUCCGCCAAUUGACGGUCAUAGGUAGCUACGUUACCAGCGCGGAGAGCACAGCUAGGAUGAUGGAGGCUGUGGCGAGAAGUGGCAUACAAUCUCAAGUUACCUGUGUGCCAUUUGACGAGUCCCCAAGGCUUGUAGAAAGACAUCCCGUUGCAGGCUCCUUAUGUGCGGUCAAGAUGUCAGUGUUUUUCAAAGAGAUCUCGGAAAACAAUCCUAUUAAAGCAGGCGAUGCAGAGAAGCUAGUACGGCAUCAUCUCGGAUUCGGUUUACAGCAAAUAGAAUCACGAGAUUUUGAUGACUUGCUUGCGGCAGUUCACGAUGUGGCAGACCAUGUCAUGGGUCUACCGGACUACCAGCCUAUUCCGGAACUCAAACGCUAUCCUCGUCAGGAUAUUCACCGGCCUACAGCCGAUGAACAAGUCUUCGGUAAUGCUUGGGCACACAAGUUUCUGAUCCGAGGCGAUACAUCAGACAAUGCGCCCCUCAAAGGCAAAUCUGUCUGCCUGAAGGAUUGUAUCGCCGUGGCAGACGUACCACAAUUCUACGGGAGCGAUGCAUUUCCGGCAUGGACGCCCAUGACGGAUGCCGUUAUUGUGACGAGACUUCUCGACGCGGGGGCCGAUAUAGUUGGCACUUCUGUGUGUGAGAACUUUUGCAACUCUACGUCGUCAUUCACGAGUGCACAGGGGACGGUGGAAAACCCGCACCGUACCGGCUACUCUGCCGGCGGAAGUACUUCGGGUGGUGCGGUGUUGGUAGCAUCUGGGCUCGUGGACUGCGCAAUUGGUUCAGACCAAGGCGGGAGCAUUCGGGUGCCAGCUUCUCUUUGUGGUUGUGUUGGGCUCAAGCCAACACAUGGCCUAGUUCCUUGGACUGGACUCACCAGCGGAGAUGCCGUUGAUGAUCAUGCAGGUCCACUGACUCAGUCAGUUUACGACGCGGCCGUCUGUCUCGACGCAAUGGCCGGGUAUGAUGGAAUCGAUGACAGAUCACUCGGUGCCGGAGAGCCUGGGUCACAUCUCUUUGCGGAGUCCCUGAGAGAAUCUUCGACAAACCUCACAGGCAUCAAGAUUGGAAUCCUACAGGAAGGUUUUGACAACCCCAUUGUCCAAGCCGAAGUACAUGAGGUCGUGCUGUCAGCAGCCACCAUGUUCGAAAAGCUUGGAGCUUCAAUACGCCAGGUAUCAGUCCCGUUACAUAUGGAAGGACCUGCACUGUGGACGAUCCAGCAACGCAUAGCAGGAGCAAUGAAUAUUCUCGGUCAUGCCCAUGGGCGGAGGGGUCUAUAUCUCACCGAGUUUGAGCAUGCAAGGCUCCCAUGGACGGCAGGCAACUUCCAAAAGCUCUUCGCAUCAACAAAGAACACCGUCAUUAACGGGAUGUAUCUUAUGGACCACUUUCCAGGACUCUAUGGCAAAACGAUGAACCUAGUUCGAAGGGCCAGCGACGACUAUGAAAAGACCCUACAAGAGUUCGACGCUUUGAUCAUGCCGACGACACCGGUGGUUGCUCCGAGGCAUGGCAAUCCGAAGGGGACACCACGGCAGUGCUUCGAACCAAGUAUUGGGCUCACUAUUAAUACUGCUGUUUUCAAUGUCACCGGUCACCCGGCUGUGUCAAUCCCAGUAGGGUACGCGCCUGCAAAAGAUGACGCUUCAGUCCGACUGCCAGUGGGAAUGCAGAUAGUGGGUGGCCUGAAGCAAGAGAAGACUAUUUUGAGAAUAGCACAUGCAUGGGAAACCAGCUUUGACUGGCGGCUCCUGCACUCUUCAUCCACAAAAGAAAGCAUCAGCGACGUACCGGACCUUGAAUCUUGGAGCAAGUUAAAUGAGCAGAGAACAAUCCCCAGCCCUCUCACCGUAAAGUCAUAG